AUGAACAAGAACCUACGACAGACCGAUCAGCCUCUACGACAGAUACUCACCAAGCCCGAGGUCUCGAGCAGGAUGACCAAAUGGGCCGUUGAGCUGGCCGAGCACGACAUCGGCUAUCGGUCCCGUACUGCCAUUAAGGCUCAGGCCUUGGCAGACUUCCUCGUUGAGGGGGCUAGCUUGGCCAUGACUGGGCAGGACUCUCCGCCCAGUGGGGCGCGGUCGGGAGAGCCUUGGAUUCUAUUCGUGGACGGGGCCUCCAGCAAGGAAGGGAGCGGAGCUGGCCUACUGCUCAUCUCGCCUACCGGGGAGGAGCUGACCUACGCUCUCCGAUUUGACUUCCCCGCAUCCAACACUGAGGCCGGGCUUGCGGAUAGCCCACCAGAUGGGUAUAACCGCGGUCAAAGUCAGGAGCGAUCCCAGCUCGUCGUCCUCCAAGUUCGCGGGGAAUACGAAGCCAAGGAGGAUGUCAUGAAGAAAUACCUGGCCAAGGUACGGGAGGUAAUAGCCCUGUUCGACAUUUUUGAAAUCGAGCGGGUGCCGAUAUCCCAGAACAAGCGCGCGGACGCCCUGUCAAAGCUGGCGUCCUCAUCAUUUGCCCACCUGAGCAAGGAAGUCUUGGUAGAGGUGGUCAAGCAAAAGAGCAUUGAUCAGGUCCAGGUUUUGGCCAUAGACAGCUCGGCCACCUGGAUGACCUCCCUGAUGAACUUCCUCAACUCGGGUGUCCUGCCCGGAGACAAAACGGAGGCUUACCGACUCCAGUUCAGAGCUGCUAAGUACGCCUACGCUGGAGGGACCCUCUACCGGAGGUCGUAUCUGUCCCCCUGGCUAAAGUGCAUGACUCCAGAGGAGGGCGACUACGUCCUUCGUGAAGUUCACGAGGGCUUAUGUGCGGCCCAUGUGGGGUCCCGAGUACUAGCCAAAAAGUGCCUUCUCCUGGGCUACUAUUGGCCCUCAGUGUUCCAAGAUGCCGCGGCCCUGGUUCAGAAGUGCCGAGCUUGCCAGGUGCACGCCCCACUGUGCCACCAGCCAGCCCGGAAAAUGGUACCCAUCCAUAGCCCCUGGCCCUUCGCCCAGUGGGGGAUAGAUCUCCUGGAUCCUUUCCCUCGAGCCCCGGGGAGAUACGAGUAUCUCGAGGUAGCCAUCGACUACUUCACGAAAUGGAUGGAAGCGGAGCCUCUGGCCACUAUCUCUGGGAGGCAAUUCAGAAUUUCUUCUGGAGAAACAUAG